GAGGACAGGCGGGGAGAGAGGCGGUGUGGCAGCAGCAUCCCCACCCGCUGUCAGCAGCUCCUGCCCGACCCCGCUGACGCAAUGGCACCCAUGGCCCGAACGCCAGAGCGGCCUCAAAAAAGGAGGGGGCUGCUUUGCAGGAGCGUCUGGCUGUCGGUAAUCCCUCCGUAAAAGCACGAGCCCCCACCCCUCUCCUCGGCGGCCCGAGCUCAGCUCCAGCGGAUUAAGGCACUUUUGGAAAGAAGGGACUCAAAGUAGGAUUACAGGUCUACUCUUAGGAAUCAAAAGAUGGAUUCAAGAGUGAGAGAAGCUAAGCAUUUUAUUAGAACAAAACUUUCUGACGUUCAUAAACUCUUUGCAGAGUUACAUCGUGACAGAGGUGGACUGGAGAUCACUCUUCACUCGAAGAAGAGCUGCUGACAUUUGGUUUUCUGCCCUCCUUUCCACUCGCCUGUGAUCUGAUUCCUAGUGAGAAACCCACUGUGGAGGCAAUAAAUCCCAAUUCUAUGGCAGAUUCUACAAGCUGUUCGUAGUGGAAUCUGGCAAACUAAAUGAAGGGCUGGCAAACAGGGCAAAGGCAUUAAGGCAGAGAGACACAGCUCUUCAAGGACUGGAUUCUUCAGAUGCUAUCUCAGUAGCAGUGAUUUUGACCAGCUUCCAGAUGAUGUACCUGUUUCAGCUAACAUUGCAGAUAUUGAAGAGAAGAAAGGCUUUACUAAUUAUUAUAUGUUUGUCAUUGAAGUAAAGAUUAAAAGUGGUGGCAGAUACCUGAUUUUCCGACGCUAUCGUGAGUUCUAUGCCCUACAUACCAAACUAGAGGAGAGAUAUGGGGGGGAAAGCAAAAACAGCGCUUUUACCUGCACGCUCCCCGUAUUGCCAGGGAAAGUUUAUGUUGGGGCCAAAAGGGAAAUUGCCGAGAACAGGAUUCCUAUCCUAAAUAUCUACAUGAAGAACCUACUCUGCCUACCUGUUUGGGUGUUGAUGGAUGAAGAGGUGCGUCUGUUCUUCUACCACUCAAAUUUUGAUAGUGAACAGGUGCCCAGGAGGCUGAGAAGGCUUCGCCCACGGACGCGCCGAGUUAAAAGCAUUUCAUCCCAACUGCCUGUUUUGGACCGUGUAGCAGCUCCUCGGGCUGAGGCACUGUUUGAUUUCUCUGGAACCAGUAAACUGGAACUCAGUUUCAAGAAAGGAGACUUGAUCUAUCUACUUAGCAGAGUAAACAAAGACUGGUUGGAGGGAACAGUUAAUGAUGCCACUGGGAUUUUCCCAUCUGCUUUUGUGAAGAUCAUAAAAGAUUUACCACAGCAGGAAGACACAGUUAAUAAAAUACGUUGUUAUUACUAUGAUGAGACAGUAAGCACUAUCAGGGAUAUAUCAGUGGAAGAGAAUCUGAGCAGCAUUCCCUUAUUCAAAGACCUUAUGGAACUGAUAAAGCAGGAGUUUGACCAACAUGACAUUGUUUUGAACUACCGGGACCUUGAUGGCGAUCUGAUCCGGCUGCUCUCUGAUCAGGACGUUGAGCUCAUGGUGUCUCAGAGCAGGAAGAGGUCCUCAGAGAAGCAUUUCUUCCCUUGGAAGCUGCACAUCACUCACAAGGACGACUUCAGUGUCUACAGCACUAGUCCGGGAAUAGGUGAUACACAAACAGUUAGGGCAACAUGAGUGCUGUAGGGUAGCAGUUCCAGUAGGUAGCUACACUGUCCUUCAGAAAUCCUUCUCUGCAGUUUCUUUUAACAAGGCUUUGAAGUGAGCUUGAAAAGAGUAAACUUACCUUUCAAUGUAAAAUCUGUACUUAGCUUUUUGAGCUGUUUAGCACUCCUCUGUAACAGAGACAUCUUUAUGAAGACCAGAGGAAGAGGAAUUGAGAAGUAAAAUCACUGGAUUUGUUCACAAAGCAAGUCAGUGUUACACUGCAAUAGAGGUUGAGUAUCUCGAGCCCAAAAUCUGCUCUAAUCUCCAUCCUCGCUUCCAGAUCCAAUUACUUGCCCAGAAUGUUUUCAUAAGCUUUUAUUUUAUUUUUUAUUUUAUUUUAUUUUAUUUUAUUUUAUUUUAUUUUUUAUUUUUUUGUCCCUGACUGUAGUUCUGGAAGCAUCAAGAAAACUUUAUUUCAGCAAAGAAACUACAGCCUGGUUUUGCUUUCUUCUUUCCCUUGGCCCAUAUUUUGAAUUCUGUGAAUCAAAUCUAGUAUACUUGCAGUGUUACUUAUAGACUUCUCAUAAUUGUACAGUCUAUCUGCUUCCACAUUCUCGGAUAAGUGAUGUGAUACCUGUUCAAGUAGUAACCUCUUCUUGGUCUCUCUUGUUCUGUUUUCUAACCCCUCAUUGCAAAACAGAACUAAAAAUAAAUUACUGUAUCAGACUUUUCAAUAAAUAAACUUAUGCAUGUGUUUAUUUUA